AUGUUAUAUUGGAUUCUUUUAUUAAUCUCAAUUGUAGCAGUAUAUCUGAUAGUGAAUCCUUUAAUCACUAUGAUCAGACUUAAAAUUAAGUUUGGGAAUGCAGUUUAUUGCAAAUAUUUACCUAUUUUUGGUAUAAUAUAGGUUUAUAGAAAAUCUUUCAAACUUACAGGUAAUGUACAUUAAUGGAUUGUUGAUAUUGUAAUUAAACAUCCAGAAGUUAAGUUUGUUGUGGCUAACUCAAUUAAUAAACCUAUAAUAGUAAUAAUAGAUUCUGAAUAUUACAAACAUAUAUAUCAAGAUCAUCAUCUUGUGACUAAACAUGAUUAAAGUGGAAUUAAAGAGUAUAAUAUUCAUUAUUAUAAAUAGCUUUCUACUUUCAGGAGGAUUAUUAUUUACAGAAGGACCUAAAUGGAAAUAAUAAAGAAAUUUACUAGGUGACCAUUUUCUUUUUUAAAAAUUGAAAGCAAGAAUUCCUAUGAUAAAUUUAGUGACUAAAGAGAAGAUUAAUGAGAUGGCAAAUGUUGAAAAAGUAUUUGAAUUCAUUUGUUCUAUAACAGGAGAAGUUGUAAUUAGAAGUUUCUUUGGUGAAGAAGCAGAAGGAUGGAAAAUAAAUGGAAAAGAAGCUUAAAUUGAAUUGGGAUCAAUUUUAGCAUCAUUCAUAAAAUUAAGAGUAACUAAUUUCUUUGUCUAUUUUAAACAAAAACUUUUAGGAGUUAAAUCUUGGCAAUAUUGUACAAAAAAAGAAAAAGAAAUUAUGGAUAGAGUAAUUAAAUUAAAAAAAGACAUAAUAGAAGUUAUAUUUAAAAGGAGAGAUAAGAUUAAAUAACAAGGUCAUAAGUAAGAAGGAGGAGACUUUUUGGAUUUGUACUUAAAAAUAUUUAUGGAAUAAAAUGUAUAUAGUUCUGAUAGAAUUGAAACUGAUGAAAUUGUUUCCUAAUUUAUAACUCUUUUUUUAGCUGGUACUGAUACAACUGGAGCCUUAGUUGCUAAUUCAUUAUUAUUGAUUUCUGAAAAUAAAUAAUAUUUAUAAGAAUUAAGAAAUGAAGUCAAGAAUGUAAUUGGAAAUGGAGAUAUCACUUCUGAAAAUAUUAAUCAAUUAGUUUUCAUAGAAAGUUUUUUAAAAGAAGUUUUGAGACUUAAACCAUCAGUAGUAUAUCCAAUAGCUAGAAAGGCCAAAUCAAACAUUUAAAUUAAAGAUCUUUAUAUUAAAAAAGGAACUAUUCUACUUUUGGGUAAUUUCUUAGCAAAUAUCAGUACUCAAAAUUAUGAUAACCCACUUGAAUUCAAUCCAAGAAGAUGGUUAUAAUAAAAAACAAUUAAAUAAGAUAAUGGUUUCAUUAAUAUUCCAUUUGCUGCUGGACCAAGAAAUUGCAUAGGUUAACAUAUGGCUAUGAUUGAAGCUAGAAUUAUUUUAGCUCAUAUUGUUAGGAAUUAUGAUAUUAUUAGAAAUUCAUAAGUUCCAAAAGCUCAAUGGCCAGCAAGGGGAACAUAAACUUAUUUACCAGAUAAUGCUGUUCAUCUUGUUAAAAUAUGA